AUGUUUAGCAUGCUCCCUCCCACGCCAGCACACACAACUCCCCAUAACUUCAAAUCACAUCAAUCAUACAAAUACACACCAUUGGUCUCAUCGCCUCUCUCCUGCCUCCCCCUCCGCUCCUCUCCAACAUCAUCCCCGCUCAGCCCAUGCGAUGGAAACGUGCCUCAACGCGUUUUCUCGUGCGAUUUCAAUUAUAACGACGGCGAUAAGAUGAUGACGAGCCCUACACCUUCUCCCUCGAAAGCAAAAUCAAAACAGCCCCAAUCACAGUCCCAAUCGCGAUCGCGAAGCCAAUCGCAGUCACCCACCUUAACACUCCCCUCCCCUCCUCCAUCUCGGGGCAAGGAGCGCGACAGUAUGUUUGGUAAACGGCCUACAAAACCCAAUCCUUUAUUUCAUGGGAGGAAGGAUGGAGAGGAUGGGAGGGAGACGAGGAGGAAGCUUUUCCUGAAGAAGGUACGAGAGGGAGCUGAGGAGAAGCGGUGGAGGGAUAGAGGGGGAGAUGAGGAGAUUAUGCGGGUGCUAUGGUUUGGUGAGGAGAGGGAACGGAGGAGGAGGGAAGAACUUGCUAUGGAGAUGGCUGAUCAGCCAAUCCCAGAGGAAGAAGAGCUGAAUUUAGAUGAAAUGAUGGCAGAGGAGGUUGCGAUGAACGAGGAAGCUGAGCUGGAUGCUAUGCUAGGGGACAUGCAUAAGCAGGCUGAGACGCCCUAUGGAAGUGAUGAUGAGGAAUAUGAUGAUAUCUUUAUGGAUGUCAUAAACGAAGAGACCAGGGCCGCAAGUCAACAGCAGCAACAGCCCCAAUAUGAAUAUUUGCGGCCGGAAAACCAGGACGAAGAGAUGAUGGACAUGAGCUGA